AUGAACCGCGUAACGUGGGGUGUUCUGAUUCCUUGCCAACUACCGUAUCAGGAUGAGGAAGUACCCCACGGAGCUGAUUAUGUGACACUACCAGCCAUCAAUACAAUGAGCUCUCAGCCAGGGACAAAUUGCACUGUUGUGAUGUGUGAAUGGGUACAACGGCAUGCUUUCAGGUUUAGGUCUCGGAUAAGAAGUCCAAUCGAACUGAGCAGUAAGCAGUCCAGUCAUGAGGUAGAGCAGUUCGUCCAUCGCUCCUGCCCGGAAGGUCCGAAAACAUUGUCAUCGCUUGUCUUUCUUCCGCUAGAAGACCUGCUUGAACCGGGCCAAACAAGAUUCAUCGAUGUUGAUACUCGCCUGGUUGUCGAUAUUCCCUAUAAAGUUGUCUGCGUUGGAUACGACGGCGAUAUUACGUCAACAGACUCUGUUGAUCCUUCGAGGGCUCGUUGGCUUCAGGAUAUCAUUCUAGAAGAGGUCGAGCCGUCACGGCUGGCCCAGCUUGAAGCAGGCUCGUAUGAGAUGCAUCGGUACUUAUACAUAGAUCCUUCCUAUCUUGACCUUGAGACUCCCGAGCGAAUUUCUCCCGGGGAAAAAUUGUGUAGGAUGAUUGUACUUGACAUGGGUUUUGCUGGUCUUCACUUGCUUUUCAGACUGAAUACUGGAUUCAAUUGA